AUGUUCAAGAGAUAUCCUACACCUGUGCUAAAGACUUACUGGCCAUUCUUUGUUGCUGGCGCAGUCGUAUACUGUGCAAUGGGGAGCCUCACCGAAACAAUGCUAAAAUCUGAUGAAUAUAUUAAUGAUCCAAGAAACCCAAGAUUUAAAAGAGGUGAAAAACCAGUGGAUUUGAAGAAGAAGGAUUAA